GUACAUGAGACUGUGUACAAUAGACCAAAGUCUAUAAACUAUUUUCUAUUUGCAAAGUCGCCAUAGCCCCAGCACGCGAUUGUUGAGUUCGGUUUAUCGUUUUCUCACAAUACCCAUUGUUUUUGGACUUUGAAAGGGAUUGCGCCUUCCUCUACUACAAUGUCCGGCAUGAGCACCAAGUACGGGCCUGAGGUCCAGAAGGUCUCCGCAGACACCCCAGUGGACGACAUCAUCUACCUCCUUAAGCGUGACGGGGGCGUCUUCGUUAAAGCCCUUGUUCCUGUCGCCAGUGUUGACAAGGCUCACGAAGAAUGUCGCGAGCGUCUUGAGAAUGACGUGGAAUGGAACGGCUCGUUCUUUCCAAAAGAGACUCAGCGGGCACCGGCCUUGUUAGCUCUUAGUCCUACGUAUGCCAAAACGCAAGUCAUGAAUCCAGUUUACCAAAAGGUGUGUGAGCACUUCUUGACCACUCGAAGCUGGUUCUGGUGGGGAAACGAGAAGAAGGAAUCUGUGUCGAAGCCAUAUGUUCACUCUUGCACUGCUAUGAGCAUUGGGCCUGGUGGCAAAGCUCAGCCCUUGCACCGAGACGACUACAUCAGCCACAACUUUCACCAGGAGGUGAGUGAAUGGGAUGAUGAACGAGAUAAGAACCGGGAGACCGCUGUUGGGCUCUUCGUGGCUGGCUGCAAAGUCACCAAGGAGAACGGCGGGACCCAAUUCAUCCCCCGAAGCCAUUUGUGGGGUACUGAUAGACACAUGCCGCCUCUAGUAGAAGAGUGCAUCUACGCCGAGAUGGAGAAAGGCGAUGGCUUUAUCAUGCUGGCCUCCGCGUUCCAUGCUGGAGGUCAUAACACAACAAAGAACGAGAGACGACUCGUGUUUGCAACCUUCUCGAUUCGGGGCUACCUUCGACAGGAGGAGAACCAGUUCUUGUCUGUGCCCCAGGAUGUUGCAAAGAAGUUAGACCAACCCAUCCAGGAGUUUAUGGGAUAUUCGAUGAGCGACCCGGCCUGUGGGUAUGUUGAUCAAAUGGAUCCCAUCUUUUUGCUCCGGCCCGAAUUGAAGGGCGACGGGCGUCCUUCCGACUUUUAAUGAAGAGAGUUGGAUCGCAGUCGACCAGGAGUGUACGGAAAUUGGAAACCUUGUUUCAACCCAGUCGGGGAAAGUUGAGGAUAGUCUAACUUUAGUGCUGUAGCAAGUAGCUUGAGACAAUGAAUCAUCGGGUAAAAACCUGCACAAGCUGUGGAGGCAAGAACAAGAUUUACACCGUCGCCAAA